AUGUUUGAAAAAUAUAAUGACAAUCCUUUUAGCAACGAUAAAGCAAGAGUAGGAGAUCAGUUUAACACGUUAAUAAUUGAAAAAUAUCUUCAAUACUGCUCUACAGCAAACUCCGAUGAACUUUUAGAAUCUCACCUAAUUCCUUUUUUAAGGGAUAAGUUAGGUAUUCCAUCAAAACUACUCUCAAAUGCUGAGAACACAAGAGGUAAACUAGUUUAUCACAACACCUCAAUUCUUGAUCCUAAAAAAUUAUUCUGGUACGCAAAUUUGUUACUAAUCUUGCAAGAGAAUCUCUCUUAUAUUGAUCAAGCCUGGGAGCUUUUAACUGACUCUGUUACUUCUGAUCAACUUUCACUUGAAGAGCUUGUGAAGUUACAGCAUAAAAUUAAUGAUAACAGUACCUAUCAAACAAUGAAAGAUAUGAUACUUUUGGCAACUGAUGGGGAAAGAAUUAGUAUGAACUUCGUAGAUUUUGCGAUGCUAUUGGGUAAACUUGAGGAGAUAGGGUGA